CUGCUGCUCCAUGCGGCCUCCACAGGCAGCGGCCCGAGAGGCCAAAAAGGCAUCGCUUGGGGUCAGUGUACCGAGUUCAACUCCUCCGAACCCAUCCAGUGCGCAAACCUGACGGUGCCGCUCGACUACACACUUCCCAACUCCAGCGAGACGAUCGAGCUUCAACUGCUCCGUAUUCCCGCCGUACGUCAGCCUUCCAAGGGGAGUAUCUUGUUCAACUUUGGCGGGCCGGGCGUGGAGGGACGAGAUACAAUGGCCCGCGAUGGGGCAUGGUACCGGAACUCGACCAGCGAAUACCAUGACCUCGUCACGUUUGACCCUCGCGGCACCGGUAACACCCUCUUCUUCAGCUGCUUCGAAGAUAACAACGAAAGAAACUCAUACAUAUCGGGCUACUUCGGAUCCUGGUCUUUCCUUUCAACACAUCAAUACACGAACUCGUCCGACACGAACCCCGGGAGGCUCUGGGCUUCGGCGAAGCUCUUUGUCGAUAAGUGCUACGAGAAGAAUAAGGCACGCGGGGGGGUCUACGGCACGGCCUUCGUCGUACGGGACAUGCUUCAGAUUGUGGAUGCUUUGGAUGAAGAUGGUCUCCUGAGAUACUGGGGUGCCUCUUACGGAACUCUUCUGGGUCAAACAGCAGCCGCCAUGUUUCCAGAGAGAAUCGACAAGAUGGUGCUUGAAGCAAACAUCAACGGCCAUGAAUACUACAACACCUUUGACGAAGAACAAUCUACCGACGCAGACAAGGCCUUUAGCGCAAUAUUUCAAUGGUGUAUCGCAAACCCGUAUACCUGCGCCCUCGCAGAGCGCAAUAUGACGGCCGCCCAGCUCGAAGAAGCCGCGUACGCUCUUAUCGAUGAGCUCAACUCCCAACCCAUCCCCUUCGGAACGAUCCUCAUAGACUACAACAUGGUCAAGUCGGCCAUCAGUUCAGCCCUUGGCAACCCCAAUUCCUGGCGAUCAGUCACCGGCCAAUUGAACGCCCUCAUGGAUCAGAACUACGACAGCUUCAUUGAUAUAUUGAGUUCUGGAUACUGGUUUAUCAAUCCGUUGAUCGACCCGUUAACCGACUCGUUAAUCGACUCAGACUCGAGCUCGAACUCGAGCUCGAAGUCCGACGCGCUGAAAGCUAUUGCGUGCGGCGACAAGAUUGCCCGGGUGUCUUCCCUCGACGACUUCCUGCCGAUCAUGGCGACGCAGAUGGGGAAGAGCCGAAUUCUUGGUGAUGGUCCGAUCAUGCUCGAGAUGAUGUGCGCGCAGUGGAGGUUGAAUGCGAAAGAGAGGUAUUCGGGCGACUUUGGCGUGAAGACGAGGAGCCCGAUCUUAUUUAUCGGGACUACGGCUGAUGCAAUUACGCCGCUUGUUUCGGCGAGGAACAUGAGUGCUGCCUUUGAGGGGAGCGUUGUGCUUCAUGUCAAUGAUUAUGGGCAUGGUUUAGUGAGCACGUCAACUUGUGCGAACAAGGUGACGGCGGAUUAUCUUGUGAAUGGGACGCUGCCUGAGAAUGAAACGUUUUGCGAGUUAGAUGAGCCCAUCGUGCUGGAGGCUAGUGGUGAUGGCAGCUAA